AUCUCUCUCUCUCUCUCUCUAAACCCCAACACCGAUCUCGUUACCCAACCCCAAUUGAACCCUAGGGUUUGCAUCGCCGCCGGAAAACACGGAUUGGGUGGCUCGGCCUUAGGCUCUCUUGGGUUGCUUUCCCCUCCGCUUCUUCGAGGGUCACCGGAGCUCGUCGGAGUUGAAGGAAGGGCCCGAUCAUGGGAAGGUUAUCGUUUUCAGAUUAGUUGAGUUUCUCCGUCAGUCGCCGGAGCUCAUCGCCGGACUUGAAGGAAGUUGGGUUGCUAGAGCUCGCCGGAGUUCACGGAAGGGUCUGAUCAUCAGAAGGGUGAAGGGUGAUAGGUAGGUGAGGCUGCCUUUGAGAGCUAAAUACACCGACCAUUCUCCGUUCAGGUGCCUCUCACCAAUGGAGUUGAAGAUCAUACAGGCCAUGGCCCUCAUGCUGAGCUACAUCGUCUUCUGCAUCACUGUCAACUGGACAAGAAAUGUCUCUUGGGUUAGUCCAUCUGAGAAAUUUUUUUUUGGAUUCCUUCUCGUCAUAGGAUUUGGAGUGUCAGAAGGAAUCGAGUAUUUUAUGGGUUUUCUUGCUAUCAUCAUCUCCAAGAUAACCAAGAAGAACAGUAGUAGAUACAUGAAGGGCAUGAUGGUCAUCUUAUUGACUUUGAUGGUGGUCAUCACCACACUAUGUAUUAGUGUGAAAUUGUUGUUGUUGCUGCUAAGGAUUGAAGUUUUGCAGCCUUUUUUCGGAGCAGUGUCUGAAGAUUUCAUCAAAAGGUACUGCUUGGUUGGUGUUCCUGUAUUUUAUCUGUGGUCUAUGGCUUUUGGGAGAUUUAUGUACUACUUGGAGGAUGCCACUUUCAGAGACAACAAGAGAGAAAAUGAUGCAGGUCUUACCAGAUCUGAGUUUAUCCUGAUGGGGUUAAAGAAUAUGGGGAGGGUGACCGAUGCGGAGAUACAUCAACUACAGUCACGGUACAAUGAGGAGAGAAGACGGAGAUGAAUUUUCUGUUGUGGUUGUUUAAUCAAGCUAACAUGUCUGAGUUCUAUGUACUGAGAUAUAUUUGUAGUCACUUUUCUGAUGUCUGAAGAUUUGAUGAAAUGUAUUUCUCAUGUCUGUUAAUUUGUCUUUACCAACAAUAGCUUUAUAUUUUGAGACUUGAUUUUCAGAUUA